AUCAGGCAACCAUGAGACCAAGCGACCGUCAUAAAGGCUACAGACACUGCCAGCCAUGUCCUGCCUCUAAACAUAUGCUGUAUUUUUAAGCCUUUGUAUUCACCCGAAAUUAUAUUUUUGCUCCUUUUUGUAGCCGUCCUCCUUUGUCUUAAAGGUGUGCAAACGUUGCUUCCCGACGCAGCGGCCAUGUGCGUGAGCGCGCUGGCGCAGAGGAGGUCUGAUAUUCGGCUGCUGCUGCUCUUGCUCACGGUGAUGCUCUCGUUCUCCGGUUGUGCAAGCAUGGAUGUUAUUGUGACCAGUAAAAUCAAUGUAAUGAACGGAUCCGAUAUCAAAAUCCCAUGCACUUUCACCUCCUGCUAUAAGAUAGACACAAACAAGUUUGUCAUGAACUGGACCUACCAUGAAUCAGUCAACGAUACAGAACAAAUGUUUUUGGCGUACAACAAGAAAAAAGGAAUGGUGGCUUUGCUUCCAGAGCGGUUUGGAGAUAGGGUGCUGUUUGCGGGAAACCUGGAAAAGAAUGACAUGUCAAUCACCCUAUUAGAUGUACAGGAGGAAGAUGAGGGGAUUUACAACUGUUAUGUGAUAAAUCCUCCAGAUCGCAUACAUGGACAUGGAGGCAUAAAGCUCAAGGUUUUUACUGAACUUCCCCCACUGAGAGACUCAACAAUUGCGGUUGCGAUUGGUGCAUCAGUGGGUGGAGCACUUGCUCUCCUUAUCCUUUCCAUGGUGGUAGUGAAAUUUCUUCGUCAUCAUCUCAAACAGGAUCUGACCUCAGAGGAGAAGAUGGAGGAGGAAGGGAAAUUAGAGGCCGAAGGUGCCACAGAGGAGGGAACAAAACAACCAUAAAUGGGCCAUCGCUACAAGCGCCUGCAAAGCUGUCAACCCAGCACCUCCCCUGAAGAGGUGUGUCCUCCCCCCUGUUCAUAAGAGCCACUGACUGAAUCAUUAACCACCAGGUGCAUCUGUUCCUUCUGCAGCAUGAUUGUGUGUUUCUGUGGACUAGAGUGUGCUUUUGCGUAUGCGUGUUUAAGAAAGAGACAGAUGUGUACUUGUCGCUUUACAGACAGGCAUUACAUCUACAUCUUAACUACUGGUAUGUUAUAAAUGGUAAUCCAUCUAUUGUUAGUGCAAGCUAUCAAGUAUCAAUGUCAAGGAACACAUUUUGUAUAACAGGUUAUGGCUGCAUUGUAUGCCCUCACUUGUAUCCACCAGAAAUCAACAAUGAAGCAAUAGAAUCUAAAACGACUACAAAAAUAAAAAAUCUGUUUCUAACGCGACAGUAUAUGCUUUAUGGACAAUAGUACUGGGACACCAGCCUUCUACACUGACAUGGAAGAAAAAAAGCAUUUGGCCGACUCUUAGUUUUACAUAAUGUAACUUUCUACAAAAUCUUUGUGUUCAAUGACUAUCACUCUGUGUUCCAGUUCAUCCCAAAGUGUUUGAUGGGGUAGAGGUCAGGGCUGUCAAGUUCUUCCACAGCAAACUCAUCCGAUCAAUCUUUUAUCAACCUUGUUUUGUGCACUGGGCCAAAUUGAAAAAUUUGGAUUUAUGGGUAACCGAGUGGUUUAGACCAACCCCUGAUUGAUUAAAGAAUUGAUUAAAAUGUGUAUCCCAAGUCUAGUAGUGUAUUUGAAUCGAAUGUAGUCAGUAUUGCUGAGUGACCAUAUUCUUCUAAUAUUAAUAGACUGGAAUGUGAAAUGUAUCUAAAUGUGUCUAGUUUUAUUUGUUUUUAUUUAUUUAUUUAUUUUUGUAAUAAAGACAAAACCCACCAUGGACUUUACAAAAUAAUGUCUAAUGUUUCUUAGAAUACCCAUAGCAGAGUUUUUGUUUUGCUUAUCUUUCUCCAGGUACAGUCAUUAUGUCUUGGGGUCAAAGUAUUUUUAGUUUUCAAAGGAGGUUGUUCACAAAAAGCCACUUUGUAAUGAAUGCAUUAAAUGAUUUUGUUGUUCAGGUGCAGGUUCUCUGAUUUUGCCUCGGCAUCAUAUACAAAUGUACUCUAAUCCCGUGCUGGUUAUACCACCCCGUCCUUCCUUCUAUAGUUCAGGAAAUGACUGCAGUACUUUAGGUACAUCUUCAGUAUUGAUUAAAUCAUCAUAGCAAGAUAGAAAGUAAAGAGAACUCAAAACACAUCAUUGAUUGUGUUGUAUCUAAUCACAUUAGUUGAAUAUGCGCUGGCUUUUAUUGUGUUCUUCACCAUAACCACUUUAUUAUGUAAACGCAUGUACAGUGUAGUAUACUGCCUGAAUGCAUGUGAAAACAUUUCAACAUGUUACCAAAGUAAGUUAUCAUGUCAGAACAAAAAAAAAAGUUCAACACAGCAUGCAUAAUCUUUUACACUGUGUAGCAAUUGGCACCUUUUAUUUAUAUGGCACUUAUUUUGUUGUACAAGGAACUUUUUGAAAAGAACAAAUUGCUGCUUAGAUGUUUUACAUUUCAUUUAAUAUCAUUAGAAAAGUGUGAUAUAGAAGCAUAAAUCCAAAUGAAAUCCAACUGAAGUUGUCUUUUAUAGAGAUUUACAUUCCAAAUGCAGCAAAGCAAAAGUCUUUAUAUCCUUUCUCAGAGGUCAUGUCACUGUUUUGCACAUUGGCAAUUAUUUUACAUCAUACUGUAUCUGAGAGCAUUUAAAAUGUUAAGUGCUUUACCGGAAGGUGUUGAUUUUGUAAGCAGAACAUGGCAUGGUCAUUGUAUGGUAAAAGAAGAUAUACUGUAUUGUAUAUGUUUUCCAUGUAUCUUUAAUUUAAGCACCUUGAAUGUUAAAAAAAAUACAUCUUAAUAAAUUAUUUCAUCAUG